AUGUUUACUUACGCCCCAGAGUUGAUGACUUUCAAGAGGCUGGAGUUCCGGAUAAUCGGCGACAGCGACAACGACUUCCCCGACAUCACCUCAACGUUGUCCGAGGGAGUCAGGGCUCUCAACACGGUGCUGGCCGCCCAGAAUGAGGAGUCAGGGGUGUCGGAGGUGGAAGCUUACACGGCGGAGUACUCGAUCAACUCGGAGAAUGUGGCCACGGCUGAUACGCCCGGGGUUUCAAUCGCCGGUUCCGGUGGCGGUACAGGGGUGGACGAAGAAGGAGAAGUCAUCGUUCUGGCUACGGAGGCUCCGGAAGCAGCUGACGACGAUAUGGGUGACUUCACCCGCCAGACGCAGUUCCUUGUCGGUGCGGGGUUGGUGGUGGUGGUGUCGUUCUUCCUGUCGAUCGUCGCUUGCAUCGUCUGCCACAUGAAGCGAAGAGACCGCAAGGAGUUCAAGAGGAGGAACCAGAGCGAGGACGGAAGGCCGAAGCCCGUGGCCUACGUGGACCCCUGGGGCUCCGUGGCUAGGACCUUCCAGAAAGACGGCGCCAAGGCACCCUCCCCCUCGGCGAACGGCGGCGAAUCCUCGAGGGGGGGCAGCAGAGUGGGAAACGGAUCGUCGGCGGGGGGGUACGGGAGAAACGGGUCGCGCACGGCAGACAGCUCCUCGUCUGCGUGAUGGUGACUCGAAGAGCUAAG